CUAKCGCGCAUCGGCUAUUUUUCGUCCUUUGUUUGAAAAAAUGCGGACCUGCGGCGAAGUUUGCUGAAAAAGAAAUGUAGAGAUUUUUCCUGGAUUUGAUUACCAACGAGCAGUGAAUUGCCCAGKGGUGUUGGUAACGUGGCGUGUGACAAAUCCUGAGAGUUUUAUAAGAAAUGGGCAAGUGUAAGGGUUGAAAUACGAUGGAGGAAGUACUUAAUACAUUAUGCCGGGACGCCACGUCAGGCAAGCUCAAGUCGGUGCGCGAUGCGUGCAACGCUGCCACGGACGGUCUCUUGCUUUCUCGUACGGGUACGCGAACUCUGGAACCGUUUGAAUUACGAGAACGAUGUCUAUUGCCCUUAAAACUCGCUCUCGAGUCGAGGUCUCCCAAACUAGCAUCAAAUGCCCUCAGUGGACUCCAGAARUUGAUUUCGGAUGAGCGUUUCCGGUCAAAGGGYGAGGAGGAUGUGGAAAUGCAACUUCCGGUCCAAUUCAUCAAUGCAGUGGUUUCCACUCCUUCUCUAUCAGACGAAGUACAAGUUGAAGUCAUGAAGAUGCUUCUUAUUAUUACCUGUUCGGCGUCGUGUGAAGUUCACGGGGAACAUCUCAUCAAAAUCGCCGAGAUAUGUAUCGAAACAUACACACGUGCGCACCAAAAUGCCACGAAAACAGCGUGCAGGGCGACACUGAAUCAAAUGCUAAGUUCUGUUUGUCAUAAGUUACAAGAAAGCUUAGCUGGGACAACGACAUCCUCGAGUGGCAACUCAGAUCAACAAAGCGAAAAACAAACACUCGCUACGGACAAUCACAAGAUCCUUAGCUUGGAUGUUGUUCUCCUUUUGAAACAUUUCUGCUUUCGCCUUACUGCAGGUCCCAGCUCUCCUGGGCAGCAAACAAACCAAGCAGUUCCUCUUUACUUGGAAGCCAUCUUGGUCAUGCUUGGUAGCUUGUCMACGUCGUUACAAAAUGACAAAGAAUUCAUCACCGUCAUCUGGCAGCUUCUUUGUCCUGCAUUAAUUCAGCUCUUGGGAAGCCCGUUAACAGACCUGAGUAAAAAAGGCAAAUCUGUAUCAGGCUCCGUAGAGGACAUAAAUCGAGGGGGUCGAGGAAGUGGGAGCUUUCCUAAGGCCUCACCUAUCGUAGGUCCUGUCCCUAGGACCAUAUAUAAUAUAGCCAAUGAGCUCCUUCGUCUUAUAGGACCAUUGGCRGCAAUGAGACCGGUUUUGGAGUCCCUGUUUCAUCGUAUAAUUCUSUAUCCUCCAGCUUACCAAAGAACAGAGGCGUUGAAAGCKUUGAAAGAGAUUCUGGCAAGUCCGCAAAGGUUAUUGGAUGCUGCGGGACCAACAAUAGUCGAUAAAGAUAAUCCCCCAUCACCAGACUCACCUACCGAACAGAAGAAGACUGAUUUGGACUUACUGAGAUUAUUAAUGGAUGGCAUUGUCGAGUCCGCGCACUGCAGUGACAGUACAGUGGCAAGCUGUAGCGUAGCAUGCGUAGUAGCAUUACUUGGUUCCUUGGAGGACCUUAGUCAAGGGCGUGGUCUCAGCGACGARCAYAUCGAAUUUCUCAGUCAAAUAAAAGAAUCUGARAACUGGGAAGAAAUGUACCAGAUUAAAAAYAGUUACGAGAAUGCAGCUUCGUCAAGAGAUGUCCCGAGGUUCACAGUUUCUGACGAAACGUUUGAAGAUGGAGAAGKAAAAGGGAAGAGAAUAGGAUGGGAGCAUGACUCUGAUCAAAGACCAAGUCCUGAGGGAGAUAUAGGUACUGUGACAGAGAGAUUUAUGAAAGGUGGAAAYGUUUGGGAGACGAACAAGGAAGAAGAARGCAAAGAUAGUAAUGAUGCAGAAAACGAGUCUAAAACCAUGAAAAGCGUUCACUUUGCACCGGAGGACGAAGUCGCGAUGUUUGAAGCAUACGAGAAACAAACCGAACGUCAAUCAGCUCAACGCACAGGGAUCCCGAGACGGUCCAGUUCRCCUCGAAAAGCCGUCGCAACCGGAAGAWCAGCAGUAAGACGGUCGGCUUCAUUUGAAUCCAAAACGAGGCCAAGCUCAAGUCCUAUUCCGAGAAAAUCUGGUAAUGARWCUCAAUCCCAGGGACAGCAAGGCGCCGAGGARGCUCGGUCACUAACGGAUUUAGAUUUAUCGCCAUACAAAGCCUCUAAAAAGGAAAUGGGACUUCCUUUGAAGAGGUCAAACUCUUGGACCGCGCUUACAUCCAGUGAAAACUGGGAGCCUGGGAAGAAUACUACGCCCUCUCGACCCAGUACUCGACCAGGAGAGGACGCUGAGAACGCUGGAAAAGAUUUCCUAGAAAUAAGACCGAGAACUAAUAGUGAAAUACUUAGUGCAAGGAAAACAUUCGUGGAAUCAAAAGCGAAUAAACUCGAGGCGAAGGAGAGGGCGGAGAAGGGUAACAAYGAGGACAGGUCACCMGUCAAAGGACCACGCCCCAUCUUAMGACGCACUAAGUCGGCGUCUGAUUUUGAUCGAAAACAAGAAGSUAAAAACGGUAAACCUAAGGGAAUCUUAAUUAAGUCCAGUUCCGUGGACUCGGAACCUGAGGAGCAGCAAAAAGUYCCCCCWAAGAAGAAUCCUCCAGCUCGMUCUGUUGUCAAAAUCAACGGAGUUUACGUCACAAGGGGAACUGGGCUCAAAGCACCACAGGCUGCCCMACCUCAGGCUCCUCCAAAAYCUACCCCGCCAGAAGUCAAAAAGGCAAGCGAAGUAAAGAAAAGCGUCGAAGAGAAUGAAAAAGAAGGAGCUCGYAACUUUGCUCGGUGUCUUCUCGGUAUACUACCAUCAGUACUCGGUCUUAACGACACUACGGCUGUCGACGAGGCGCUMCAACAGUUCGCCUCCGAUGUAUGCGAGGCAGUCACKUGCAUGUCAUUAAAACGAAAGAAUGUCCCUAACUUCGGAACACUUCGUGGAAGGUCGGAUUUGGUCGAUGAGACGUCGGGGAAAGGAGCGACGUCCGAUCCUCAUUUCCCGAUUCUUAACGCCGAUGGUGUGUAUCUAACCGUGUAUAAGACAUUGGCGCUCAGCUUGAAUUUAUUGAAAAGUGGUCACUACCAGAAGAAGAACUCGGAACCWCCUUUAACACAGAAAGAAUUCGUCGACAGUAUUUUGGACAGCGGUGURAUGGUGGGCCUUUCUUCAGUGUGGCUCGGAGAACUAUACCGAUUGGUAACCACGUAUAACAUACUUGGCAAGGCUGGAUAUAAACCUAAUGAUUCGAGCACUAAUCGCGCACUUGUUAGCCUCUUAUCAGAGAGUAUUUUUAACGCUGACAAGGAGUCUGGGAAUGAAAUCUUUCUACGUCAACAAGAGCCAAAUCACAUGACGCCUGCUAAGCGUGAGGGGACUAAGUUUGGUCGACGGGUAUUGCUGACGGCGUGGGACUCAGUACUAGAGGUGUUGUCUUUGCCUUUGGAAGCUACUGCUUCAGCGAUGGGAGGUACCACCAGUAUCGCSGCCAUGCUUGGUGGRGAAUCGAAACGAGAUCAYAACAGAGAACGAGACACUAUUUGCCUUAGCCUGGACGGUCUACGUCGAGCUGCAAGACUYUCAUGYACCCUCGGCAUCCAGACGCGCUGUGAGCUCGUCUUAGCAUUGCUAGCCAAUGCGUCCUGUGGGGUGGAGGGUGCGGCAGGAAAGCGAGCAAGACAGCAAGUCCUGUCGGGUCCUGUUAAGCUGCAUGCAGCGCAAGUUCUCAGUAUGGAUGGUCUUCUUGCUGUGGGAGUUGAGCUGGGAAGUCAUGCACCCAAGUGCUGGAAACAUGUGUUUAGGUGUUGUUCAUAUAUCGCCGAGCUUGAUCGACAGCAAUCAAGUCAUGGUGCCAUCGAUCCAUCUCAGAGAAUCAACGGUGAUAACACGUCGCCAUUGUCGGACAGYUCGUCAAGUAUAYCAGACUAUUUGAACGGAGAACUAUCUCCUAAUGCAGACCCSACACGAACCAAUGAGAAAUCAAGCAGUAAUGGUGGWAUAUUAAGUAGCGCCGAUGUAUCRAGGGCAAUCUUUGCUCUCUCAGCCGCCGUUGAUCGACUGUUUGAACACGCAGCAAACACRCUCCACAUUGAGGCUUUGUUGUCUUUUUUACAGUCUCUUAUACAAGCCUCACAGAAGCAGUUAUUUGGUAAUACYCUAGAGAGCUCGUUAAUGCAACCRUUAUCAAACCAAUCGAAUGGCCAACAGAGCUCAAAUUUCACCCCAUUGCACCUUUAUCGGCUGGCUGACGUCAUGUUGAGGAGCGCCCGCAAUGCUAACCGGCCUUUGUUACACCUAAUGCGCGCAUGGGCGUUACUAUCACCACAUUUUGUAGAGGUAAGGGGCAAAMAAAAUGAAACACACACACAGAUAAAAUUAUUUUUUCGACAUUACAAUAACAUCACAAACCUGCCACUGUUCAUUUUGUUAUUCUAGGCKGCUUGYCACAGRGAAAGACACAUAGCUAAGCUGUCAAUCACAUGCUUACAUGAUGUYCUUAGUGAGUUUCUCAUCAAUCGUAACGAACUUCCUCAUUUCUGGUUCCAUGAGGCUUUGUUUAAGCCUUUUGAGAGUAUGUUGGCUUUGGAGCUUUGUGGCGARGAGGAGCAAGAACAGGCACUUCUAACCCUUGCUGAGCUCAUUAACAUACACUCCUCAAGYAUCAAAUCAGGCUGGCGUCCAGUCUUCCGCGCAAUUCGCUCGGUCCGUAAUUACAAUCGACGGGACGACUUCGACAACUAUGACUUUGAACAGCGGCCUUCCCCAGUCUUCAGUAUCGUUUCUUCUUUUCUUAACAAUAAAAACCCAGCAGUGUUUGGAUCAGCAGCCGUCGAGUGCAUUCAAUCGCUCUUAAACUUCGUACGUGGCUCGCUUUACGAGGAGUCUACGGACGAYAGCCGAAGUGACAUCGAGAGCACGAUUAGUACCGAAAGUGCGAAUUUGUUAAACGACAUGUGUUUGCCYGCAUUGGARCACCUUUCCAAUAUGUCAAAGAAACUAGCGUCUAUUCACAUCAUGCCAUCGAGUUUAGUAUUCAACGGUGCUCAUGCAAUAACAUUAGUCAACCUACCUCAAGUAUACUCCAUCAACCAAUCCAGUACAACCCCACCUAAACAGACUAUACUCAAGAAUAAAGCACAACCCAGUCCMAGCUCGGCCACAACUGCAGCGUCUAUUACAGCCAUCGAUGACACCGGGGUCCUUCGAGUAUGGUACCUUCUUUURGAGGGGCUCACYAGUGCAGUCGCGCAUUGCCCCAGAAGAUAUCAGCCCCAAACGUUAGAAGUCCUUUUUGAAAUCCUAAGAUCCAUCAUUUCUGUUCCUGGUCCKAAUUUUUCCAUUUAUACGAUYACUCAUUUACUKCUGCCGAUGCUGAGAGAGUGGGUGUAYAGAGGUGAGAGGAACAGACAUUACUGGGAAAGUACAGCGUGUAACUUCAAGCACGCAUGCGGUCUAGCUACUGAGCUGAUUGUAGAAGAGCUUGGAAGGUUUCUCAAUGUACAAGGUGCCUCUGACUGCGUACCUGGGAUGAUCAAACAGAAUUUGGAUCUCCUGAUUGACUGCGUUUCUCAGCCUGUGGAAGGAAUUGCAAGACUUGGAUGCUCUUGUUUAAGGCACCUACUGCUAUCAGGGGGUCCACUAUUCACAGAAGACCUAUGGCAGAUAGUAUGCGAUGGUUUACAAGAAGCUAUUCAGGCUACACUGUUUAAUAUCAAGGACAUGGUCACGUGUUUUCAGCCUGGUUCGUUCAGUGUCAGUGGUGAUGAGGGUAUGACUGUAAAGGUUGUAGCGAGACGGGAAGCGGUCCAUGGCGGCUCGUUUAGAAUGCAACAAGUCUCCGAACAGGUUUUCUUAUUGGACAGUCAAGUAACUGGGCUUCCUGUGCGCAAAGAAACCAUUCGAGAGGAGAAUGGUAACGAGGAUGAUGAUCAGCGGACAUACAUGUUUGUAUUAUCAACAAUCGAGAAUAAAGACAAACCAGAGAACGCAAAUAGAGUUCCCAUGAGAAGUCUUCUUGUUGGCCUCUUAUCGCAUCAGCUUCUUCUCCAAACGAUCAGCUCAGUUUUGCUUAGUGCAAAUGAGGCUUCCACAUCGACGCUUAAUAUCGAGACUGAUGGAGAGCCUGGUGUCGAGCCUGAGACAGUCCUYCCCGGUCUUCUCUCGUACCUCUCCCCAGCAAACCUUUCUGUCCUGUUCGACUGUUUAAUGGAAUCUCACACAGUUGCUUAUGAAUUCAACGCAAGACCUGGAUUGCGGUCGUUAAUUCAAAAACUCACUAAACUGGAUCAUCCUGCUAAUCUACUGCGUCAGUCAACCACAGCAUUUACUUGCUAUUUACACACUUUGUUUCAAAUCUGCAAACACAGCGGUGAGCAUUUCUCCAGCUCACACAUCAAGAGAAUUCUAACUGGUGACCGUGUGAAUGGAAACAACGGUCAUGCRCACUCCAGUUCUCAUGCUCACGCGCAUGCUCACGCCCAUGCGCACGACAAUGAGUAUUCCAAGGAGGAAGUAUUGGGAAGCCCGAGUAGACAUAAUGAUUUGUUGAAGGGWAAUGGAAGUGUAGAGUGGAUUGUAAGGAGACUACACGAGGCUUGUGAUCAGCUUACUAGUGUCUAUAUACGAAUGUAUAACACUUACACCAAUGACAAUCAAUUGAAUUACAACAUAACCACUACCGAGUUUGAUCUGGACAGAAGUCUAUCAUGGACGCCUAUGUCAUCUCCAGCCCGUGACAACCCCCCAAGGGCGUACAUGAAUGGYGAUGAAAGGCCAAGUUCUCCUAACACGUGGAAGUACGGCUCACCAGAUCACAAAAAAGACAAGAAUGGUAGGGAGAAUCGAAAACACAAUCUCGAGGAAGACCUUCGUAUGAUCGAACUUGAAAGACAGCUUCUGAGAAGAAAAGAAGACGAAUUACUUCAAUUAGGUAUAUGGACAAAUCUAGUAAUUCUAAUGCUAGAAGCUUUACUUGGACUUCCAACACUGCAAUUUAAAGCAGUAUUACCAGCGGUCUUCCCUGCUGUGACAGGCCUCAUAACCACCGGGACUGACCCCAAAGUGAGGCARCUAGUUUGUGACGUAGUGCGACGUAUAGGUGCCAUAUAUGGAAUUCUGUGAUUUUCACAGGGUAAAUACUUCAUKCUCGCGAUUUUGAGMUAUCACAUUGAUGGCUUGCAUCAAAGAAUCACCUACAUGACGUAUCUACCAAUCUUGUAAAAUACGCAAGAUGUACGUCGUUUUAUAAGAUUCAUGUAAGUGUGUGACACCUACGCUUGUUUUACGUUGCAUUCAUACACAAUUUAGCGUAGAAUUUACGUAAACUCUACGUACUGUACGGAAACAAAUCUUUGAUAUACACGCUUAAUACGUAAUUUGUGUAAUUUUUACGAUAUUUAGGCUUAAUUUUACUAUAUCGAGUGUACGCACUACUUAUCACACCAGUCAUAUACAAAUUACGUAAGUCAAUCCGUAAUGUACGCAAACAACACACUUACGAGUAUAAUACUACGCAAAUCGCAGAUAGGCAUUAUAAGAUACGUCUCCCCAUUGCGUAAUACGCACAUAUGCAAAGCCCUCCUCGUAGGUAAUUACGUAUUAAAUCCUCGAGUAAGAUGUGUCUAGCUUAUCUAUUUUGUUUAACAUACGUAAAUACGCAACACGCCUAAGCCAAAUGAAAUACGUAAGUUACACCAAAAAAGCACUUUGAGCGGUAAAAUAUGUUUAUCAAACGUUUYUUUUGUCAAGGAAAGUUUUUAUCUUAGUUCAAGUGGUUAAAUGAAAUCUUGGCUUUUUGUCCGACGCUGGAAAAACAACGACACAGCUCGAGCUCUAAACUUUGGAAUAGUGUUGUUUUACACCAGACAAAACAGACAAAAACAAGUUAAUUUUUUGAUAUUUUGUUUUAACGAAAGGUAGAAAAGUUAGUAUUUCUUUGGUAACAGAAGUUAAAUACGUGAAUACGGUUACAGCAUAUUACAAAUAUUAUAAAACGCUGCCGGACAAGAAAUAGGCUAGUGAUGGUGGAUUAAGCAGUGAAUUAUGGGACUCGUACUUUCAUAAACGCCAUAAUGUUUACAAAUAGCUGUAAUUAUAAGUAUUUAUUUAAGAAAACAUUUGAAAAUAGAAGACGCGCAAAGAUAUCAAAGAUAGAUGAAUAUCAUAUCUUCUUAAAGACGAUAAAUAUAGUCCCCUUCUUUUGAUCCAUUCUAAAAGGUUUCCUUUCUUUUGCAUCGAACUUUGAAGAGUUAACCAAUGCAGUAAUUGAUAGUGAUGAGUUUUCGCGUCUUGAAAAAAACGUUUUUUAUAUUUAUUACGAGCGCGCCAUUCAUCUUGUCUCGAUGCAAAGGGAAGGCUACCUUUCUAAAUGGCUCUGGAACUUGCUAAUGCAUUCARUGUAGAAAGAAUAUAGAGUUUAUAGGUGAUAUUAUUAGAGAUAUAUUAAGUUAUAAGAGUAGUAGAUAAUUAUAUAGAGAAGCAACGAAACCGUGUUUUGGGGUUCAAUAAAGUUUGAUUAAAAGUGAUA